AUGCCUGACCGACAAAGCGAAGAAGCUGCUUCCACAAUGGCCGACCCAAAAUCGUCGCCAGACGAGAAGAAGCUCGAUAAUGGCACGGCCGACAUCCACCACCACCACCAGGAACCCUCCACCUUCAAGAUAGAUUUGCACGAUGCGCUCUCUCCUGACCCCGGAACGGAGGACAUGUACCGAGCCGAGAACAACAAACUUGCCUUCUCCCCGGGACUGAAAACCGACAGGAAAUCCGGCCUGAGUGCUGAUGAGGUUCGAUUGGAUGGUACUGUCACCUUUGACCAGGUUGCGACGAAGGGUGCCUCUCCCUACGGGAACCUGGGCGACACCCCUCCUCGCGUGAAGACAGAGGCGGAGACGACGGGUAAGAAGGGCAAAAAGGGAAAGAAGGGCAAGGAUAAGGGUGCCAUCACGAUCCCUCCGCCGGAGCCCGUGAAAGACACGGAUCCGUUUGCCGACCGAAAGAGAACCUACCGCGACAAUAGACUCCCGGAAAAGAAGCCCCGGUCCAUCUUUCAACUCGCCUGGAUCGCCUACAACGACAAGGUUCUUAUCCUCCUCACAGUCGCUGCCGUUAUCUCUCUAGCCCUCGGUCUUUAUCAGACCUUUGCCCCCGGGACGAAAACUCACACGAAGAAGAUGAACCCAAGGUGGAGUGGUGUCGUUGUUCUUGUCUCGACCAUCAAUGACUGGCAAAUGGAGCGCCAAUUCAAUAGGCUCAACAAGAAGAACAACUCGAGAACCGUUAAAGUGAUCCGCUCCGGAAAGUCCGUCGAACUGAACAUCUUUGAUCUCUUGGUCGGCGAUGUCGUGCACUUGGAGACUGGCGACGUCAUCCCGGUCGAUGGCAUCUUCAUCGAUGGUCAUGGGGUUCCUGCUGAAGAGGUGUUCCAGCGCCUCAAGGAGCUGGGUUCCUCCGAAGUGGAUCGAAAGGAAGUCGACAAGCUUGAUCCAUUCAUCAUCUCUGGAAGUCAGGUAAACGAAGGAACCGGUACCUUCCUGGUCACCGCAGUCGGCGUACAUUCUUCCUAUGGUCGCACCACCAUGUCUCUCCGAACCGAGCAGGAAGACACGCCUCUUCAGCGAAAACUCAGCCACCUUGCCGAUGGAAUUGCAAAGUUUGGUGGUGGUGCCGCUCUCUUGUUGUUCAUCGUCCUAUUCAUCAUUUUCCUCGCGAAGCUACCUAAGAACAAUGGAACCCCGCGUGAAAAGGGCCAAGAAUUUAUGGAAAUCUUCAUCGUCUCCGUCACGGUCGUCGUCGUCGCUGUCCCCGAAGGCCUACCGCUUGCAGUCACGCUCGCCCUUGCCUUUGCCACUACCCGCAUGAUGAAGGACAACAACCUGGUGCGAAUCCUCAAAGCUUGCGAAACUAUGGGAAAUGCCACCACUAUCUCCCCCGUAGCCGAUGCCGGGACGGAAGAAAAGGCGAAUGUCGACGAGACCCCGGUCAGCCAGACUGUCAGCAACGGCUCCACGCUCCCAAGUGCUGCCAAGUUCUCCGAAAGCCUUGGAAGCACCGCGAAGAAGCUCCUCGUGCAGUCCAACGCUGUGAACUCGACCGCUUUUGAGGGCGACCAGGGUGAUGGACAAACGUUUAUUGGCUCCAAGACCGAGGUUGCUCUGUUGACCCUUUGCCGCGAUUUCCUUGGCGCUGGUCCCAUCCAGGAAGAGCGCAGCAACGCCAACAUCGUGGAUGUGAUUCCCUUCGACUCCAAGAACAAAUACAUGGCAACCGUUGUGAAGAAUGCAGACAAGUAUCGAGUUUACGUCAAGGGCGCUUCUGAGAUCGUCCUCGGCAGAUGCAGCAAAGUCAUCACCGAUGUCAGUGGCGACGAGAUUUCCACCGCUGACUUGACCAAGGAGGACACGGAAACUUUUCAAAAUACCAUCACCUCGUACGCUAACCAGACUCUUCGAACCAUCGGCUCCUCGUACCGAGAUUUUGACUCAUGGCCCCCUCCCGACUAUUCCAAGAAGGAUGACGACACCGCCGCAAGCUUCGACGCAAUUCACAAGGACAUGACGCUUGUUGCCAUCUACGGUAUCAAGGAUCCUCUCAGGGAGUCCGUCAUUGGCGCAAUUCAGGACUGCCAAAAGGCUGGCGUUGUCGUACGCAUGGUCACGGGUGACAACAUUUUGACCGGUACCGCCAUUGCGCGUGAAUGCGGCAUCUACCAUCCCGAGGAGGGCGGCAUCGCCAUGGAGGGCCCCGUCCUCGCCCGUUCCAGCCCCGAAGAUAAGCGUGUUCUGGUCAAAACCCUCAAGGAGCUCGGCGAAACUGUUGCUGUCACCGGUGAUGGUACCAACGAUGCGCCGGCCCUCAAAAUGGCUGAUAUUGGAUUCUCCAUGGGUAUUGCCGGUACCGAGGUUGCCAAAGAGGCUUCAGACAUUAUCCUGAUGGAUGACAACUUUAGCUCGAUUGUCAAGGGAAUGAUGUGGGGCCGCGCCGUCAAUGAUGCCGUCAAGAAGUUCCUCCAGUUCCAACUUACGGUCAACGUCACCGCCGUCGUCUUGACUUUUGUUACCGCUGUAGCAGGCGAGGCAGUCCUGAACGCUGUGCAACUUCUCUGGGUUAACCUCAUCAUGGACACUUUCGCCGCCCUUGCCCUUGCCACCGACCCGCCUUCUCGUUCCGUCCUGGACCGAAAGCCGGAGAGGAAGUCGGCCCGCCUCAUUACCGUACGCAUGGGCAAGAUGAUUUUGGGUCAAGCCAUAUGCCAGCUCGCGAUUGCCUUUACUCUCAACUUUGGUGGUAGCACUCUCCUCGGAUACGACUUGAACAAUGAGCAGGAGAACACCAGCCACAAGACCCUCGUUUUCAACACGUUUGUGUGGCUCCAGAUCUUCAACGAGCUCAAUAACCGCCGCCUCGACAACAAACUCAACAUCUUUGAAGGAAUCACACGCAACUACUUCUUUGUCAUUAUGAACUGCAUCAUGGUUGGUGGCCAGAUCCUCAUCAUCUUCAAGGGCGGCCAGGCAUUCCAGAUCCGGCCUCUUAAUGGCAAGGAGUGGGGAUUGUCCAUCGGUCUCGGCGCAAUCUCUCUCCCAUGGGGCGUUGCCAUCCGGCUCUUCCCCGAUCGCUGGGCGGCUGCCAUGGUACCCAAGAUCCACAUCAAGAUGCCGUGGCACAAGAAGAAGAAGGCCGAUGACGAGGCUGGAGGAGAUAUCGAGGGUGGCAAGAAGGCUGGAUCCAUCUCCUCUUCUUCCUCAGAGCUUGGACCUCCCCGAGGGCCUCUACUCUAA